CGUUGAGCCUGGUUAUAACUUCUAAGCAUCUCCACCGCCAUUUUCACUCUCAUCUCGACCUCACCAGUUCAGCGUCGGCGGACUCAAUCAGACCCUCCCUUUUUCUCUGUGCUUCAACCAUGGCGACCGUGAUGCAGAAAAUCAAAGAUAUCGAAGAUGAGAUGGCAAGAACUCAGAAGAAUAAAGCUACAGCUCAUCAUCUGGGCUUGUUAAAGGCUAAACUUGCAAAACUACGAAGGGAACUCCUUGCACCCUCAUCAAAAGGUGCUGGUGGUCCUGGUGAAGGUUUUGAUGUUACUAAAAGUGGAGAUUCAAGAGUUGGUCUGGUUGGUUUCCCUUCAGUUGGGAAGUCCACACUUCUAAAUAAAUUAACAGGCACUUUUUCUGAGGUUGCUUCCUAUGAAUUUACUACCUUAACUUGCAUUCCUGGUGUGAUAACGUAUCGAGGAGCUAAAAUUCAGUUGUUGGAUCUCCCUGGUAUUAUUGAGGGUGCUAAGGAUGGAAAAGGUAGAGGAAGGCAGGUUAUCAGCACUGCUAGAACAUGCAAUUGCAUUUUGAUUGUUCUUGAUGCAAUAAAGCCAAUUACUCACAAGCGUCUGAUAGAGAAAGAGCUCGAGGGAUUUGGCAUAAGGUUAAACAAGGAACCACCAAAUCUGACCUUCAGGAAGAAAGAUAAGGGUGGGAUUAAUUUCACAUCUACAGUUACCAACACAAAUCUGGAUCUUGAAACCGUGAAGGCAAUAUGUAGCGAAUACAGAAUUCACAAUGCUGAUGUUUCUCUUAGAUACGAUGCAACUGCUGAUGACCUCAUAGAUGUUAUUGAGGGUAGUAGGGUAUAUAUACCUUGCAUCUAUGCUGUGAACAAGAUUGAUCAGAUAACACUUGAAGAGUUGGAGGUUCUGGAUAAGCUUCCUCACUACUGUCCAGUCAGUGCUCACCUGGAGUGGAACCUUGAUGGUCUGCUAGAAAAGAUAUGGGAGUAUCUUGAUUUAACUCGCAUAUACACAAAGCCCAAGGGAAUGAAUCCUGAUUAUGAAGACCCUGUAAUUUUAUCAUCCAAAAGGAGGACAGUUGAGGACUUCUGCAGCAGAAUCCACAAGGACAUGCUCAAACAAUUUAAGUAUGCAUUGGUCUGGGGAUCAAGCGUGAAACACAAGCCCCAAAGAGUUGGCAGGGAGCAUGAACUGGAAGAUGAAGAUGUCGUUCAGAUUAUCAAAAAGGUGUGAGUGUAAACCUCAAAAUCAGUCACAUAUCCACAUUUGCGCGUCCAAGGAGAUUUUCUCGGUGAGUAAAGUUUCCAUGUCCAGAUUGCUUUGCUUCAAAACUUUGCAAUAGAGCAUGCAGCAUCCUCUCUGUUUCUUGGUGGAUUAGGUAGAAGAUAAGACAGCUUGAUGUGUAAUUAAGCCAUUUUGUUGUCAAGCGCUUUUUAUCCGGAUUAUAUCAUGUAUGAUCUUGCACUGUAAGGUUAAAAAGAGGUCGGAAAAGGACUUAUAUAAACCAUGGGAUUGAAGGGAAUUUAAUGUUAUAUUGGCACUAGAAGAAAUUAUUAUAAGCCAUUGCCAGCUUGUUGGUGAAA